CUGGAGGAAUACCUUCUAUGGAGCCCCAAGCGAGAAAAGGACGCGGUAUUGCAGACACCUGAGAGAAAUCCUAGUGAUCGCUUCUUGGGGGCCGUCCCCUGGGGUAGGGAGAGGGGGGAACGGAGAAGAUAUGUAUGAUGGUCAGAUCCUGGUAACUCUUUACAGCUGUAUGUUAUGUAAUCCUUGGCUGUUAUUUACCCAAACAACUAGGUUGUCCCUCCUGGAGGAGGAGGUCUUGCAACCUACUGAUGUUUCCAAACACUUUUUUCGUUGGCUUCAGUGCCUUCUUAACCCAGGCAGGCUCUAGAGGGGAAGGGUGACAGCAUGGAGGAGAGAAUAAUCACGAAGAGCUUAUCCCAAAUGGGGACUUGAGUUGAAAGAUACAAUGUUAGUUUGCAAUGAAUGUGAUCAGGUUUAUGUUUUGUAGUUCAUGAAUUUUUUUGAAGGUCAAGGCUGAUAACAUUUUUUUUAAUCUUCAGGAAAAGUGGAGAGCCUUAAAAAUUCUAUAAUAGGAGUUUUUGGCAGGGGCCAGGUUUUAACCCACCACCUCCAGUAAGGGGCCAGCACCCUAAUCCUUGAGGCACAGGGACCACCCUAAUGUGAUGUUUUGAUAUAUGUAUGCAAUGUGAAACUACUGCCACGGUUAAGUGCUAAAAAUAUUUAACUCUCAACAAAUGAAUUCCACACUUGAACUCUGCUGCAUUCCUGUGCCACCUCCUCCUUUAGAAAAUUGAUCUUAAAACAGGUAAAAGAGAAAUAGAAGGUGAAAGAAGAUGCUGGGAUCUGAACGUGGUGUUGUAGAAGAAUGGUUAUCAGAAUUCAAGGCAUUACCUGACACUCAGAUCACUAAUUAUGCAGCAACUUUACACCGGAAAAAAACACUUGUACCAGCCCUCUAUAAAGUCAUUCAAGAUUCAGAUAAUGAGCUCCUGGAGCCUGUCUGCCACCAGCUGUUUGAGCUCUAUCGUAGCUCAGAAGUUCGACUUAAGAGGUUCACACUGCAGUUCUUGCCAGAAUUGAUGUGGGUUUAUUUACGGCUUACAGUUAGUCGAGACAGACAGAGUAAUGGUUGCAUUGAAGCACUUCUAUUAGGAAUUUACAAUUUGGAAAUUGCUGACAAAGAUGGAAACAAUAAAGUUCUAUCUUUCACUAUCCCUUCCUUAUCCAAGCCUUCAAUAUAUCAUGAAGUAAGUAUCAUGAAGUUUGAAGUUCUGAGUUUUCUCAUGCUGUGUUAUAAUUCUGCUAUCGUGUAUAUGCCUGCCUCAUCUUACCAGUCUCUUUGUCGUAUGGGCUCCAGGGUUUGUGUAAGUGGGUUUCCACGGCAACAUGAAAAACAUUGGAAAGAACUCUGUGGUCGAAUAGUAUUGGAUCCUGAAUUUAUGGUGCAACUUCUCACAGGGGUUUAUUAUGCUAUGUAUAAUGGACAGUGGGAGCUUGGCCAGGAAGUUCUUGAUGACAUCAUUUAUAGAGCUCAGCUAGAACUUUUUUCUCAACCACUAUUGGUUGCCAAUGCCAUGAAAAACUCAUUACCAUUUGAUGCUCCUGAUUCUUCACAAGAAGGCCAGAAAGUACUUAAGGUGGAAGUCACUCCAACAGUGCCGAGGAUUUCUCGGACUGCAAUUACAACAGCUUCAAUUCGUCGUCAUAGAUGGAGGAGAGAAGAUGGCUUUGACUUCUCAAACGAGGCUGACUCGAGUAUUCCUGGCUCCCCGAUCCAACUCGGCUCCACUGACCUAGGGAUCAAACGUGUGCAAGAGGGGGAGGUGCUGGUGCGCAGGACCCCUGAGCAUGGCUCGCCGGAGCCCAACUCAGCAGCAGCCACAACAGAGGGUGCUGAGGGUGUAAAUGGAGGAGAGGAGUCUGUAAACCUAAAUGAUGCAGAUGAAGGAUUUUCAUCAGGGGCUUCCCUCAGCAGUCAGCCAAUUGGGACCAAACCAUCCUCUUCUUCUCAGAGGGGAAGCUUAAGGAAAGUAGCAACUGGGCGUUCAGCCAAGGAUAAAGAAACAGCCUCUGCCCUCAAAUCCAGUGAGAGCCCUCGAGAUUCAGUAGUUCGCAAGCAGUAUAUACAGCAACCAGCUGAUCUUAGUGUAGAUUCAGUUGAGCUGACACCGAUGAAAAAACACCUGAGCCUGCCUGCUGGCCAGGUGGUGCCAAAAACCAAUAGUAUAAGUCUAAUCCGGACAGCCAGUGCUUCCUCAAGUAAAUCAUUUGACUACGUAAAUGGCAGUCAAGCAAGUACCAGCAUUGGGGUUGGCACUGAGGGAGUUACUAAUUUAGCAGCUCACAGUGCUAAUCGAUACUCAACUAUCAGUCUACAGGAAGACCGGCUAGGUCAAGCUGGUGAAGGUAAAGAGCUCCUCAGUCCAGGAGCCCCCUUAACCAAGCAGUCUCGAUCCCCAAGUUUCAAUAUGCAGCUAAUAUCCCAGGUGUAGUUUUGACAUCCUCUCUCCUCUUUCUGCUUACCUUUUAAACUGAACGUAUUUCGUUGUGCAAGAAGACACUUCAUCACACAUUGUGAAAAUACUGGUGACCAUAAUCAGAUUUGAUUUAGUUUAGGUAUCUUCAUACCAUUUUUUUGUAUGGAAACAGCAAUAAGGUUUUAUUUUCCCUCCUUCCUAUAUCUUCCCUUCACCUUUCCUUGUAAAUGUGUUUGUGAAGCAGUAUAAAAUGUUUGCCUUUUCCAUGCCUUCCUUUCUCCUUGGGUGAUGUGCAAUCCAUCGUAGGCUGAUCGGUCCCAUUUCAACACUGUGAGAUUGAGGAUAUGUAAGAGGAAAUGGUGUAUAUGAUCCCUAUGAAAUGAUUCUUUGGCUUUUGCUUAAAAACAAAACAAAACGGGUUUGUUCUCAUAAUCUACAGAACUAUGAAGAUUACUGGAUCAUAUUUUUUCUUUCUUAACCAGGAGUGCCUCAGAGAUUCUGCUAUGACUUUGGACUUCUCUGAGUCUGUGCAAUCAUUUUCUAGAAAACCAUGGGGAAAGGUGGUAGUGCUGCACUUUUUCAUCAAAAUGAGGGUAGCUCUUUUUUCCCCCCAUCUCCUUUAUCCCAAGGACAUAAAUGUUCAAAUAGUGAGGCAUUUAAAUCGUGACCACCUUCAUUAGAGGGCAGGGCUCCAAGUUGAUUGUGUAAUUGAUAAUGCACUUUGUCAGUGGCUCUAUAGUCAUUAUUAACAUGUCUUCCCUCUUCCCCACAAGGACAUAAGAUCAUUUCUGUCCUUAAAAUCUGAACAGCUAACAAAUCAGAGAAUCCAAGGGGCAAGUUCUAUUUCCCAGGAAUGACUGACACUUUGGUGCUGGGGUUUUGUGGGGGGAGGGGUGGUUUUUAUUUAGAUUGUGUUAAGUGUGAGGGGAGGUUUUGUUUUUUUCUUUUCCUUUGUGAGCUGAUGAUGACUGAAAUAGAAUAGUACAUCUUCAGGUAAAGAGAGGGAUUUCUCAGUCCACUUUCUGUGACAUUAGACUAUUAGAGAAACCCUUUCAGCUGCUUUCUAGAUGUACCUAAAUUCAGUCAGAUAUUUUGGAUUAAGAAACCUGAAGUCCGGAUAGAUUACAUACUCCAAGGAAAUACAUCAGGGAGAGAUAAUUGGCUGAAAACACUGAUGCUUCAAUGUGACACAUUUUUAUAGAACAUUCUACCAGGGGGUACUGACUUGAUUUCUCCUACAAGGACCACACUGCCUUUGUGUUUAAUGUAAUGCAAUUUGUGUACAUUCUAAUCAUAUAUCUGCAAAGUUUUUCAUUUUUAUAAAACUUGGAAAUCAUGCCAGUAAGCUAGAUGUUGAAUGUAUGUAAGUAGCAUUUGGUAACUGCUGAAAGGCUUAAAAAAUGCAUUAUCAGUUAAAAUUAGUUCUGAUUUGGCUGAAUAAGAUUUUAUUGUAACCUCUUCUGGGUCUCAGGCACUAAUGUUUAAAAAAGAAGGGAAUGUAUUCAGUUUUUAAAAAUUAGUAUAUUGUGACUUGAACUGCUAUAAGUUAUCCUUCCACAGAAUACAUCAGAGCUAUUAGUGCUGUGUACAUGUAGAUGUUUUUACUUUAUUAUUGUGAAAGAAAAAUAUACUGAAUUUAUAGAAAGCAAGUAUUUGCCUAACAAAAUUUAAAAUUUUAUCUCUACCAAUUAAAAUUACAAUAGAUUUUGAUAAA